CUUCGCUUGAGCUACAUAAUAACAUUUUAAACACUGUGGUCUCGGCAAUGCCCCUUGGAACAUCUUGAUUGCCAGUUUACUGUUUUUAGAUAACUCCAAUUGGUCUAUUCCUUUGAUUACUCUUCCUAACAAAAUGGAAAUAUUGCCUACAGCAAGAUGAUACCAAAAAGCAGGGCCGUCUUGAGCCGGCUUGUGCCCAGUGGUUAUUGACAAAACAAGACCCCGUUCAGAAAAUUGCUGCGGCCAUGCCCUUCGUCUUCGGUUUCAUUGAACGUCCUUUUUGGUUACAAUAAUUAAAAAGAUUUUUAAGGAUUUUUGCAAGAGUGUGCAGGAACACUUAGAGUGAAUCUGAGGCACGUGGACAUUUAUCUGCACUUUGCUUUUUAAUCCGUAUGCUUUCCGUAUGCUGAAAUAUAGUAGCUUUUGUUGCAUUUUGAAGAUAUCUUAUUACAUUAUUAUAAGUGCCACUAGUCACCAUGGCAACAAACUUCCAACUAACUACACGCUAUAUUUUCAACAAACAACAAAAAAAAAACAAAAACAAAAAAACAAAACUUAUUGUAAUACAGGUAUUUUGAUGUAAUUUGUAUAACAGCAGAGCUAAACAAUUUAGAAAAAAUGGGCUGGCAAAUUUGCUCUCUGUUUUCAUCAAUCAUGGUCGGCAAAUGCAUCAAAUGUUUGUUGUUAUUGCCAAUUUAUGAAUGCAUUGUGUGCCCCCUUUUGUUCUGGUGCAAAUUGAUUGGUUCGAGCAAUCUGUAUUUUGCUACUUUAGGCAAGCCUUUUUGUUGAGAGCGAACUUCUUGGUUCAAUGUAAAACGUGCUAUAUUGUUAAUACUUAACUUGCCCAAUAUAUAUAUAUAUAUAUAUAUAUAUAUAUAGAAUUGGUUUGCUGUAAUUAUGCAAAUCUCUUUUACAUUUUACAAUGAAUUUACUAACAUUAGGCACACUCUGCUUGGUAAAUGUAGAAUAGUUUACUGUGGCUUUGCAACAAAUCUGCAGAAUCUAAAACAUAUAAGCUGAAUCUGCAGAACCAAUGUUUGCAAUAUAAAUCGGUAAAUACCUAGAUAGCAUACUGUGGUGAUGUUUCUAGCUAAAUGCAAACAUGUCAAAUGUUCUGUCAUGCAAACUGCAAUGGUAAAUAUAGUGGCAGUUUGCUGUGUUUAUGCAAACUCAAAUGGCAAAUGCAAAAUCUUCCUUGCCAUGGUUUACAAAUUCACAUGAAAUAUGGAGAUAGUGUGCUGCGUUUAUGGAAAUUCACAUAGUAUAUACAAAUUGUUUUCUUGCUAUGGUUUAUAUAUUCAAAUAAAAUAUGGAGAUAGUUUCCCAGGGCUAUACAUACGCAUACAUACAUAAAAAAGUGGCUGCUGUUGUCGCCAUAACACAUCUAGUUAUGCCUUUACUCUUGGUGGCAAACAUGCAAGGUGAACAAAAAACAAACAAACCAAAUGUUUACUGUUGUUGGCAAGCAUGCAAAACAAAACAUAAAGUUUGCUGUUGUUUGGCAAACAUGCAAAUAUAUAUAUAAAAGAAUAGAAAAACCAUUAAGCGUUUUCAGUUGUGGGGAAGCAUGUAAAUAAAAGAAAACAUUUGCUGUUGUUGGCAGAAUGAAAAUUUAUAGGUACAAACAGACAAACAAAUAUUAAGUGUUUGCCACAAAACGUUUCCUGUCAUUGGCAAGCAUGAAAAAUAAAACAGAACGUUUGCUGUCGUUGGCAAACAGGCAAAGAAAAGUGUUGUGCUGUUGUUGGCAAACUUGCGGAAGAAAAGGGUUUGCUGUUGUUGGCAAACAUGCAAAUAUAUAUACAUAAAUAGAAAAAAAAAAUAAUAAUAAAAAUAAAAAACCAAUAAGCGUUUUCAGCUGUUGGGAAGCAUGUAAGUGAAACAAAACAUUUUCCGUUGUUGGCAGAAUGUAUUUAUAAGUACAAACAAACAAACAAAAAUAUUAGGCGUUUGCAGUUGUUGGCAUAAUUCCAAAUAAAAAACAAAACAUUUGCUGUCGUUGGCAAGCAUGAAAAAUAAAAAGCGUUUGCUGUUGUUGGCAAACAUGAAAAAUAAAAAGCGUUUACUGUUGUUGGCAAACAUGCAGUAGAAAAGCGUUUGCUGUUGUUGGCAAACACGCACACUCAAAAAAAAAGCGUUUGCUAUUGUUGACAAACAUGCAGAAGAAAAGGGUUUGCUGUUGUUGGCAAACAUGCAAAGAAAAGUGUUUGCUGUUGUUGGCAAACAAAUGGCAGAAAAGCGUUUGCUGUUGUUGGCAAACCUUAAAAAAAAUUGUUGCUGUUGUUGGCAAACAUACAACAAAAAGCGUUUGCUGUCGUGGGCAAACAUACAAAAAAAGCGUUUGCUGUUGUUGGCAAACAUACAACAAAAAGCGUUUGCUGUCGUGGGCAAACAUAAAAAAAAAAGAAAAAAAAACGUUUGCUGUUGUUGGCAAACAAACAACGAAAAGCGUUUGCUGUCGUGGGCAAACAUACAAAAAAAAGCGUUUGCUGUUGUUGGCAAAUAUACAACGAAGAGUGUUUGCUGUCGUGGGCAAACAUAAAAAAAAUGCGUUUGCUGUUGUUGGCAAACAUAAGAAAAGAAAAAAAAAACUUCUUUUCUCUUGCUUUCUCUCCCCGCUUCUCUUCAUCAAUAACUUCCUCCCUUAGUAAGGUUAGGGCAAGAGUCUCCUCCAGUUACAGGCUUUCUAAGUCAGUGUUUGAUGGGUGUAAACAUUGUCAUGUUUUUUGUGGCGGGUUAAAAAAACUGAGGCAGUUUUUACCCUGGAAUCAAACACCGACCAUAAAAUUGCGUCAUUGCUCAGGCAAGACAAGGGCUGAUGCACCAAAAGCCCAAAAUGUUUUUCCUGAGAUUAGGGUGUUGUUUAUCAUAACUAAGGGGCCCCCGCGAUGGAAUUAAAUGGGAAUUAAUCGUUUAAUUCGAGUUAAUACCCGCGGGGAAAGUGCGCAGAUUCCCCUUUUCUAGAAUCGGGUGGUCCCACACGUAUAUCCUUAGUAGGCUGUGGAUAUCAUGUUACCUUAGCUAUUUGCUAAUCACCUUGUGGUAUUUUCUAGGUGGUCUUUUCCUGGCAUAUUUCUUUAAGUACAGUGAUGCAGCUAGGGUCAUGUCAUAUUUUGCAGCAAGACUCACGCGUUGUUUGUACGCGUUUUCCCCUCCCAUCCCUGUCCCCUUGUACUCACUUCUCCUCCUGCUUAUAUCCCGUCAUAUACUUCCUUCUGCCUUCUCCUGUCUCACUUCUUCUCACACAGUCAUUCGAUUGUGUGACAGGUGUAUCAGUCUGAUUAUCGGGGUAAAAAACUGAGGCAGUUUUUUCCCUGGAAUCAAACACCGACCAUAAAAUUGCGUCAUUGCUCAGGCAAGACAAGGGCUGAUGCACCAAAAGCCCAAAAUGUUUUUCCUGAGAUUAGGGUGUUGUUUAUCAUAACUAAGGGGCCCCCGCGAUGGAAUUAAGUGUCCUUUUUCCAUCGAUAAUGAUAUCCACAUCGAAACCAGUUAAUAAUCUAAACCCGUCAUUCUAGUUAUUUUGAUCUGGAAAUCAAUAUCAUAGACCAACCUAUCAUUCGUCAGGAUCAAAGAUGAUCGAAAGGGGUUUGGUAGUGAAUCAAUUGUCAAUUAAUUCGUUCUUUCCUCUUUUGCCUUCAUCUGUAGCGCCCAAUUUCCUCUUGGGAGUACUACAUAUUCUCCAUACCAUACGUACAUCUUCUUCAAAAUAUUAACGAACGCAAUGCCUGCCAAAAGUACUUGGAACACCCGUUAAUUUGCGUUGCAUUUUAUAUCUUUCUUUCCUUUUCGGAAAAAAAACUGCUACUUCUGACCCCUAGAACAAUGUUGAUAGUACAAAUAACAUAAAAGUGUUGCAAAAGAAGGUAUUUCCCUAACCCGUAAAGCAACAUUUUUUAGUGAAAUGCUGUUUGUAUCAUAUGUCAUAUAGAAAUAUGUUGUUGGUAUCACCAAUUUAUUCAAAACGUUUAGAGGCCAGGAUAUAUUUUAGCGUUGCAGCGAGAAUUUUCGAAUUUGAUUCGAGUGGUAAUUCUUCAUGGCUAUAGAGGAUGAUUUUUAGCAGAUCUUCAUUUGAAAGAUUUAUCAGACCGUGAGGCAAUAUCGCAUUUACACUGUUGAGGAGGUCACAUCUACAUUGUUCCUUGUGUGAGAACAACCUUGUUCCUUGUGGGAAAAGAGGGGUGGCUGAAUUUGACCUUACACACAGACGUCAGUGUUUGAAGACUUUUGGUAGGAAUUGCAAUAGUUUCCAAACCUCAUAAGAACUUUUUAUUAGUAUAUCGAUGAAAUUCAGGGCCUAUUGACUACUAGUUUGGUGACAACAUUUCUAUAACUUAUAGGAUGAAAGUUUAAUAAAUUGUGACACUUUACAUUGUUAUUAAAGCUAAUAGAAAACCUAUUGGCCACUGCUAUUGUCAAUUAAAUGACACUGGAUCGAAAUUGAAUUUUUCAAACAAGGUGAAUAUACUUCAAAAUUUUGGAUCACUUGCAACGAUUGAAGUGGGUGACGUAAUUUAAAGGACUGGGCUGGCUGCAAAGUAAUGCCAGAAGCCUGAAACCAAUCAUGUUUAUUUCAGUUGUCAAAAGAAACUCGAAAGAGAGGUUUCAAAAUUGGUGUGCCUUUGCAAAAUAAAUUGAGCGAGCGGAAUGUUUUUGUCGAAUCUACAAGAUCGAUAAACUGGCAUCCACACAAAAAAGAAAGAUGCAUUUAAACGUUGCAUAAAGAUAUCAGGUGAUGGGAAAAGCACUAUAAUGAUUAUCGAAGCAAGAAUUCUCAAGAAAACCACCAAGUUUCCAGAAAGUUUUCUGGUAAGAAACGUAAUCGGAAUUCUAGAAAGUAGCCUCCUAUUGGAGCUUUAAGUAUGGACAACCUAUGGUUCUUCCGCAUUCUCGCCCCACUGCGGGUCUCGUGAUGCAUAUGGCCUAGACAAUUUUUUGGUGAAGUUCAGAUUUCCCCAUAAAAAGUUGCUAGUUCAGGAGUGUUUUGCCAGAAAAUUUGUACAUUUUCAAAAUGUGCUUCAAGUUCUGUUGUGGAACGAUCUGUAACGCGUUUUCUAGAAAGAAAGAAGUUGAAACAUCACGAAGGGCACUGAAGACUGAUUUGCGAAGGUGCCUAACAACAUUUGACUUAACAUUGAUUGGCAUCGGAAGUACACUUGGUUCUGGUGUGUAUGUUUUGACAGGUGACAUUGCAAGGAACACUGCUGGUCCAGGAAUUACAGUUUCAUUUUUAAUUGCGGCAGUAGCAUCAAUAUUAGCUGGAGUUUGUUAUGCAGAAUUUGGAGCUAGAGUUCCAAAGGCAGGGUCUGCAUAUGUUUAUACUUAUGUCACGGCUGGAGAACUAUGCGCCUUUGUUGUGGGGUGGAAUCUACUGCUUGAAUAUGGCAUAGGUUCAGCAACUGUUUCCAAAGGACUCAGUUCAUACCUAGAUGCUACGUUCGAUCACAAGAUAAGCAAGUAUAUAAAAGAAAAAACUGGGACGUUCUCACUGCUAGGCGACGAAACUUUUCUUGAUUUUUUUGCCUGUGGCUUCAGUGUCAUCGUCACCAUUUUUAUUUCACUAGGUGUAAAAAAUACUUCUAGGCUGAACAACGUAUGUACAAUUUCGAAUAUUAUAGUGAUUGUCAUGGUGAUAGCAAUGGGGGCAUUUUAUGUUGAUACUGACAACUGGAAGAACUUUGCACCCUUUGGUGUGAACGGAAUUGUGAGUGGGGCAUCGUCUUGUUUCUUUGCUUUCAUCGGCUUUGACGUCAUUGCAACAUCGGGUGAAGAAGCAAGCAAGCCAAGCAGAUCUAUUCCGGUGGCGAUAGUUGGAACAAUAACAAUUUGUUUUCUGGCAUACUUUGGAGUAUCUGCAGUGGUUACUAUGAUGGUGUACUAUUCUGACCUCAUUGGCGACUCAGCACUUUCCAGGGCAUUUGAUCAGAAAGGGAAUCACAUGGCAAAGUACUUGGUUAGCGUUGGUGCUCUGAUUGGACUAACAGGGACCACAGUUGUUUCACUGAUGCCUAUGCCAAGACUGCUUUACUCAAUGGCGAAUGAUGGCCUGAUAUUUAGAUGGCUGGCACGCAUCAACGAGAGAACAGAGACUCCGGUUAUAGCUACCAUUAUCACUGGAUUUCUGACAGCUGUCAUGGCUCUUCUUAUCAAGCUGCAUGACCUGGUAGAAAUGGUAUCAAUUGGGACCCUCAUUGCAUAUACGUUUGUGGUCGUAUCCAUCCUGCUGUUGAGGUACCAUCCUACGGAUGUUGGGCUUUCUAAAGGUGUUCUUUCUAGAGCACUGACUCCAGAGACAGUAAGAACCCCCAGCCCCAAAAGCCCCCUCCUUCGAAGCGCAUCAGACAGAUCUGAAGGUUACCACACAGCAGGGUGCAAGACACCGCCUUAUUAUGAGACUGAGUCUGUUGUAUUCGUGAGGUUGCCAACCGACAGAACAUACCAGAUUGUUGUUUACUGCGUGGGCGCUGGUGUCCUAGAAAUCACCGCAAUCAGCAUUAUCUUGACUUUUUGGCUCGAUAAACUCAGCAACAAGGACCCUAUUUUCAUCUCUUUGGUGUGCAUAAUGGCAGGUGCGCUGGUAGUGACAAUUCUCAUAGUUUGGAAACAGCCCCAGAAUCAACAGGAGCUCUAUUUUAAAGUGCCUUUCCUGCCACUGCUGCCCUUUCUGUCAAUCUUCUUCAAUGUCUAUCUGAUGGUGUCACUCAACAAACUGACAUGGCUACGAUUUGCUGUCUGGAUGACUAUUGGCUUUGCAAUCUACUUUGGAUAUGGGGUUUUUCACAGCUCUGAGAAGGAUCGCAGUUUUUACGAAACCAUCGAGAAUCUUGAAAAGGAAGAAGACUAACGCUGUAAUGACAGGUUGGGUAAUAUCUAGUCAAUACAGUAUAUUAACACGUAGCAGCGAUUUGUAUAUUGGGAGAUUUAGCUAUAUUUGGAAAAUUAGCCUUUUGAUUAAGUUUUGAGUCUGAUUGUUUUUAAUCUCCUUUGAUUUUCAAUACCUGCCAACGGAUCAGUCAUAAUUAAUGGUGGGAGUUUGGGCGAAAGAAAUAUUUAGAAGAGUGCAGUUAUUUUCUUGACCCCCCCCCUCAAAUUCCAAACAGCUACAAUAUUGCCCUCCCCCCAAUUCAAGAGUAACUCCCCCCCCCCCUACAACAUGAAAAUACGACACAAAUCUUUUGCAUAAAUAAUAUGAAAAAUUUACCGUGAAUACGUUGAGAAACAAAUUAAUAUUACAAAAGAUUUGUUGAUGAUGGCAAAUUCACAGUUCAGAUAAAGAUUUUUCUCCAGCAAUCUUAGUGCAUCUAUGUUGUCAGCUUAAAGCAAAAUAAGUGAGUAGAUUUUGUAAGUGUCCUUUUGUUUCUCUUCAGUGCUAAGACACAAGAACUCUUUAGAAUCAAUUUGAGGAUCCUUAUCUUUGAAAAAAUAUGUUUGUUUCCAAAAUUGAACUGUGCAUAGUACAAAAGUUUUUGAAUUGUUAGCUUACUAAAGUGAGAAAAAUUAUUGUGAUUUCACAAGAUGAUUUGACAUUAGUUCACAAGAGUUCCUAUUAAGAAAAAAUUAAAGAACAGUUCAGUAUUUAAAGUAACGAAGAAAAAUUUAUCUACCAAUUUAUAAGGCAAGCCUCUAGCUUGCUCAGUAGAACAUUUAAUUAUGCCAGAGCAAAACGCCGUGCAAAGGGGAACAACGAAAAACUAAGAAAAGAAAAGGUGAACCUGACCUGAGAAUCUGUCAUUGAUUUGUGCCAUGCUACCAGGAGAGGAAAGUGAAGUUAAGAGGGAAGAAAAUUGAGCAAGAAGUUGUUUUUUUCCAUAUUGCGAUGGCACAGUCUGGCCCAUCCCAUUAAGCGACAACUUGCACAUAGCUGGACUCAAGUUUUGCAAGCAACGGGUGUGCCAACAGAUCAAGCAAAAUUGUUUGCAGAGAAUUAGUUGCAAAAGAUUGCGUAUGUGGCAGAGGCCGAAAAGGAUAGCUCUGCAAGUAAAAUAAUUGUAAAUUCAUGCAGCUUUAUGGGCAUAAAUGGUCCACUCACAGACUCAAGCUCUGAAUCGAAUAACAAUGUCUUCACUCUGGACAGACCGACUCAUGUAGAGAAGUCAACAAUUUGUCCUGAAAAGCAGCUACUCAUCUAUUCAUCAAAUAUAUUCAAAAAUAGUCUAUUUUUGUUCUGAAUGAGAUAACAGUUUUCAAUUUUGACGGACAUUUUUCAUGCCCCCCUCUUGUUACUGAUUUUUUAACCGGCCCCCUUGAAGGUGGAUAAAUUGAAGAGGACCCCUUCAUUAUAUUCCGUCCAACCCCCCGCCCCCGCUGUUAAAAUGUUUUUAAGACGAAAUAUUUUCCCAAAAUUUGUCGGGACGAAGAAAAUGUUUUUAUUGUAACAUGGUAUGCAUUUUGUACAUUUUCAUUCUGAAAUUGUAAAUAUUGACAUGUCCUAAUUACGUUGAAUGCUCGUCGAAGGUUGUAGAAAUAAUUCUUUUUUAAUUAAAAACUGGAUUAAAAAUCACACUGCAAACUAACCCGAAUCCCACGUGAUUAUGAUUCUUGGGUCUGCUGUUCAAAAUAUGCGCUUCUAAAACUUUUUAUCUGAUUAAGCUGAGAAGCAAACUAUUCAGUAAAAGCUGAUCAAUAAAAGCUAGCUGUUUUUUUAAAGUUACAGGUUGUUUAUAGUUAUAAUUUGUUAAAACUAUAGUUUACUGACGGUUGGUUGAAAAAAAAAAAAAAUGUAAUUUUUGACAUUUUGAUAGAAGCGUUUACUGUGAUUUUACAAUAUUACAAAAUAGAAA